AAUGUUCAUGUUGCACUGAAGGAACAGGAGAGUAACCGCGAAAGAAUCAAACCAUGUUUACCGUCUUCUGGAUGACGUUGCUCUUCUUUUUGUGGGGUUCCACCAAAAACACAGUUGAAUCAGCCCUUGGAAAACCGGACUGUAACAGUGAAUACUGCAUUACUCUCAAUGACGGAGAAAUAACAGCCGAAGCUGGACUGUGUGUUGUGAUACCAUGUUUCUUCACCACUGCUUAUGAAUUUACACCAAAAAAUAUUGUCUGGUUUAAAUGUGAGCCAUUGAAAAGGAGAUGUGGUGAUUCUGAUAUAGUAUUUCACAUAAAUCGUAACAAGGUUCCAUCAGAAUUUCUAGGACGGGUUUUACUGUUGGAUCCUGAUGUGAGUCAGGGGAACUGCAGCAUCAUGAUCAAUGACCUCAGCACAUCUGAUUCUGGAUCAUAUCAGCUCAGAGUUAAUGGUUUUUACUAUGGAACGGCAGAUGGAGUAACGUUCCCUUCAAGAACAAUUCUCUCUGUUAAAGCUCUAAACCAGAGGCCCUCACUGAAGAUUUCUCCACUGACUGAGGGACAGCAGGCCACUCUGACCUGCACUGCUCCUGGUCUCUGCUCUGGGUCUCCUCCUAACAUCACCUGGAUGUGGAGAGGAAAAACAGAGGACUAUCACAUCACUGGAAGCACGCCUGCUUUAAAAACCGACAAUCUGACUGCUGUCACACAGAGACACAGCUCAACUCUGACCUUUAAACCUUCAGCUAAGCACCACAACACCAAUGUAACCUGUAAGGUCAGCUUCACAAGUGGCAUAACCAUAGAGGAGACUCUUUCUCUGAACAUAAGCUUGUUGGCAAAAAUCCUGAAAGGUUCUGGGUGUGUGCAACAUUCAGAGGUCUUAACCUGUGUAUGUAUCAGUGAGGGGUUUCCUUCACCCACCAUCACAUGGCCUCUACUAAAGGACCACACUGAGUACUCUGUCGUCCACAUAGUGUCAAACCACACUGUCAACAGCACCCUGUCUCUUAGAAACCCUGGCAACAUCAGUGUUGAAUGUUUUAGCAGCAAUGAAAAUUGGGAAGUCAAAAAAGACCUAAUGGUGCAUCGAGAGCUGUCAGAAGAAGCUGAUCAUGAGAAACAUUGUGUUUCUUUAAUUGGAGUUCUUCCCUGGGCCAUUGGUGGUGUUUCACUCUGUGUGCAUGUUUUCUGCAUAAUCUACAUUUGGCACCUUUGGAACACAAGAAAAAAAACAAAACUCACUGAAGAUCAAACUUAUGUGUCUCUGCAAAAACGUGAUACAUCAGCAGAGUAUGAUGUUAUUGUCCAACGACCAGGCUAACAUGUCUCCAAAGAUCGCUCUCACUUGGAUCUUACAUAAAGAAAAUUAUAUAUAUUUUUUUAAUCAAUUUUAGAAUUUUACAUGCAAUAGAAGAGUGAAUUUAUGUUUUCUAGAAAAUAAAACAAUAUUUGAUCCAUAAUUUCUAAAUACAAAGAAAUAGUAACUGUCUCUGGAUAAGAAUAAGAUAUAUCAUAUACUAUAACAAGAAUGAUGAAUUGCAAAGGUUUGUUUUUUCUGGAGUGCAGUUCUUCAUUAAAUAAAGAUGAA